AUAAUUUUUAAUUUUUAAAUAAUGGUCAGUAUAAAUAAAUCUUUUUUUUAUGGAAUAAUAGUAGCUUCAAUUACGUGGUUAGUGUCUGUUUUCUUUUAUUUACAUUUAGUUAGAAAUCAAAAUGUAAAUACAAAUCCCUCUACCACUAAAUUAGAAUAUAUUGAUAAAUUACAAGACUCAACAGAUGAUUUGGAAAAUGUAGGUCUUAUAAGGAGCCCAAACGAUCAAAAAAUUAAAGAAGAGGGUUACAAAAUCCAUGCAUACAAUACCCUCGUUAGUGAUAGAUUAAGUUUAAAUAGAAUCAUUCCAGACACUAGAAAUGCUCUAUGCAAGAACAAAACUUAUUCCGAUAAUUUACCUAAAACAAGUGUUAUUAUUUGUUUCUACAAUGAACAUUAUCAUACCUUACUAAGAACAAUACAUUCCAUUAUUAAUAGAACCCCUAGUAAAUUAUUAGAAGAAAUAAUACUCAUAGAUGACGAAAGCGAUAUAGAAUAUUUACACAGUAACAUAAGUGACUAUAUUCUUAAAGAAAAACUAAACCAAGUCAAAUUAUAUAAGACUGAGAGACGAGAGGGUCUUAUAAGAGCUAGGAUAUUUGGGGCUAGGAAGGCUUCAGGUCAGGUUCUACUAUUUUUGGAUAGUCACAUAGAAGUCAAUAAUGGUUGGAUUGAACCAUUGUUAGAGAGGAUUAAAGAGAAACAAUCAAAUGUUGUGAUGCCAAUUAUAGAUAUAAUUAAUCCUGACACUUUCAAAUACUCAUCCAGUCCUUUGGUUAGAGGAGGUUUUAACUGGGGUCUGCAUUUUAAAUGGGAUAAUUUACCUACAGGUACAUUGAAUACUCGGGAAGAUUUCGUCAAGCCAAUCAAAUCACCCACUAUGGCCGGAGGUUUAUUUGCAAUAGAUAAAAAGUAUUUUAUAGAUAUCGGUGAAUAUGACGCAGGAAUGAAUAUAUGGGGAGGAGAAAAUAUUGAAAUUUCAUUUAGAAUUUGGAUGUGCGGUGGGUCCUUGGAACUCAUUCCUUGCAGUAGAGUGGGGCAUAUAUUCAGGCAUCGUAGACCCUACGGUUCCCCUGAUGGUAAAGAUACCAUGUUGUUUAAUUCAUUAAGAGUCGCUCACGUUUGGAUGGACAGUUACAAGGAUUUCUUUUUGAGGCAACGUUCUGACGCUCAAAACGUCGAUUACGGCGAUAUUUCCUCUCGUUUACAACUUCGCAAAGAAUUGAAAUGUCACGAUUUCGAUUGGUAUUUGAAGAACGUUUAUCCAGAAUUACCGUUCCCCUCGGAAGAUAAGGAACGUUUGAAGAAGAAAUGGUCGGCUGUGGAAAAAGAUAAAUACCAACCGUGGCAUUUAAGGAAGCGUAAUUACGUAGAUCAAUUCGCUAUUAGGUUAACUAACAGCGAUUUGUGCGUGACGAGUCAGAAAGAUAUUAGAACUAAAGGAAGUGGAUUGCUCUUGAAAAAGUGUACGAGCAGUAAGAAUCAAGUUUGGUAUGAGACCGAUAAGAAUGAGCUGGUUUUGAGUCAAUUACUUUGCCUUCAAUCCGGUAAAACCAAACCGAUAUUAUACAAGUGUCACGAGAUGGGCGGUGAUCAGGAAUGGAAACAUAAAGGAGGAAGUGGAACUGCUAUUUACAAUUUAGCGGCUGGUACAUGUUUGGCAGCUGAGAACAAACUGGUUAAUGCUUCAGUGACUAUGAAAAUUUGCUCAAAUCCUGAACUUGCUACAUGGGAUUUAGUGGGUUAAUGCAGGUAAUUUCAAUGCUCAAGGUAAAAAGUAUUAUUGUGUUUUUUUGGUGAUGUAAGUCUAUCUUAAUUUUAGGCCUUACAUUUUUUAUCGAAUUUACUUUAAUUUUAUUUAUCAUUAAUUUUAUUAACUUAUAUUUGAGUGUCUUCCGCAAGACUAUGCCUACAUUUUUUAAUUGUAGGAUCAGUAAUUCAUUGUUUAAAAUUUUGGUCCAGAUCCAAAUACUUUUAAUACUAAUAUCUAAAUACAUAUUGCAAAUUUUAAUCCUAUGAUUAAGGAUGACAAAAAAAUCAAAUUUCGAAUUUUAAACGUAAGAAUAUACGUAAUUAUAAAUGUAGGUUGUAGUAGUAGCUAAAUUUUAUUACUUUUGAUUACUUUUUUAUUGUUUAUUUGUGCUAUUUUAUACUUGUUAUAUACUUUUCUUUUACUCUUUUGGUAAGAUAUGCUACGGAUGUGAUUUAUAGAGAAGUCCAUUUCUCUUUUGCUCUCUGAAAAAUAUUUACAAUUUUAUUGCAAUAAAAAUAAAUUGGAAUAUUUCUUUACAAUCAUAUAUUUUGGAGUAUGUUGUUACAAUUGUACUCAAAUUAUUAUUUACUCAAACACACAUUUAUACAUUCAAAAACUCAUUUAGUGGUAAAAUUAUAUGUAUAAAAAUUU